GUUACGAUAUUGAUUUGUCAUCCGAUGCUGCUAAAGUAACAGCUUACCAUCGUUUUCUUGAAACCUGUAAAUUUGCAUUUGGUCUAAGGGCACAUCUUGGAGAAGUCAGCACAGCUGAAGUUAAUCAGGUCUUGAAUGAUUUGGCAUCUGAGGACUUCGCCCGUAAGAUCCGAGACACUAUAAAAAGCGAUAUGGUAACUUACACAAAUGCAAGUUAUUAUAGUAACGGACAGGUUGACGCUACAGACAACUUGGGAGGCACGAGUCAUGUGAGUGUUUUGGCUGAGAACGGAGAUGCUGUUUCUGUGACUACCUCCGUAAACUAUUACUUUGGUUGCAAAAUCAUGUCGGCCACAACAGGUAUUAUAUACAACAACCAAAUGGCGGACUUCACGAUUCCUAAUUCGGAGGUUGAGUACCAACCAACGAAUCAAGCCAACUACGCAGGUCCUAACAAACGUGCUUUAUCAUCCAUGAGUGGCAGCAUACUCCUCGAUGAAAAUGGUGAUGUCAAGUUAGUCA